GUCACACAUGGUCUCAAUGAUGUCCAGGCACCAGCAGCUUAAUGUUCAUUAGAAAGUAUUGAUGGAGUUGUAGCUCACAGCGUGGAUAUUCCCCCCUCCCAAACCAAAAAAAGAAAAAGAAAAGAAAAAGUCACAGGAAGGAAAAAUUCAGCAAGAAGGAACUCAACCUCAGCUGCCAAAGAGAAGAGCUCCCCAAAUUCAAAGCGUGUGACUGCUUUCCAGCCCAGUCCAACCUGUGUUUUCUGAGGCGGUGACAGACAACGCUCCUGAAUGAAUGAGUGGAUGGGCCCCGACAUCAAUGUGGUGGGACCACUGCAGCUCCCACCCAACGAUGAAUUCUCCAUCUUAGAGAGUUCCCACUUUUAUGAUAUCCUCACAGAUCAAGGCAGCCCUCUCCUGCAGGAUCCUGACAUCUUACCCUUCACCAGCUAUCCCAGCAUGCAGUAUCAAUUCAUGGAGCCAACAGUGUCUUCCACUCCAUACUAUUCCACUCAGAACUACUACCCACAGUAUAAUGGAGACGAAUGGUAUUCACACACAGGGAUAUAUGAACUGAGGAAAGGACCCCUCGAGGGCAGCUAUGAGGCGGAGAUGGAGGAGGGCUCCUCUGUUGUGCCGGCUGUGUGCAAGAGAAGCCGGCACCUGUCACAAGCUGGAAGGGUUAAAGGGGAGGAACUGUGUGUUGUAUGUGGAGACAAGGCCUCUGGAUACCACUAUAAUGCUCUCACUUGUGAGGGAUGUAAAGGUUUCUUCAGACGGAGCAUCACCAAAAACGCUGUGUACAAAUGCAAGAGUGGCGGAAACUGUGAGAUGGACAUGUACAUGCGCCGGAAAUGCCAGGAGUGCCGGCUGAGAAAGUGCAAGGAGAUGGGCAUGCUGGCAGAAUGCCUGCUGACAGAGAUCCAGUGUAAAUCUAAAAGGCUGCGGAAGAACACCAAGGCCUCCCCAGGACAGUCGACUGGGGAUGAGACGGAGGGGCCAGAGAAUGUCGACAACAAGCAGGUCACCUCCACCACCAGACUGUCAAAGGAAAAAGUUGAACUCACCAAAGAGCAGCAGGCACUCAUGAAACUCAUCGUGGAUGCUUAUAACAAACAUCAGAUUCCUCAAGAUUUUGCUAAAAAGCUGCUACAAGAACAGUACAGCGCAGAUGAAAACUUUCUUCUACUGACAGAAGUGGCAACAAGUCAAGUUCAAGUUUUGGUGGAGUUUACAAAAAGUAUUCCAGGGUUUCUGUCUCUGGAUCACGAAGAUCAGAUUGCUCUGCUGAAGGGUUCAGCUGUGGAAGCCACAUAUCUGCGCUCAGCUCAGGUUUUCAGCAAAAAGAUGCCCACUGGAUACGCGCAACUUUUAGAGGAGAGGAUACGGAAGAGUGGUAUAUCACAAGACUUCAUUACACCCAUAUUCAACUUUUACAAAAGCAUCAGCGAACUCCACAUGGCACAGGAGGAACAAGCUCUCCUUACUGCCGUAACCAUCCUGACACCAGAUCGGCCUUAUGUCAAAGAUCAGCAGGCUGUUGAGAGACUUCAGGAGCCCAUGCUGGAUGUGCUGAGGAAGCUGUGCGCCCUGCAGCAUCCGCAGGAGCCGCAGUACUUCGCUCGUCUCCUGGGCCGUCUGACAGAGCUGAGAACGCUCAACCACUUCCACGCGGAGAUGCUCACAUCCUGGAGAACGGAUGACCACAAAUUUACCCCGCUGCUCUGUGAGAUCUGGGAUGUGCAGUGACGGGCCAGGAUGAGAGAAGAAGGCGGUAACACAGGGGUGAUAAUGUGGACAUUAACUUACAAGACAACAUCAUAGCUCAAACAUACAGUCCUUUCCCAGCCUCUGUUGUGAAGCCAUGACAUUGGCAUUAGUCAUGUAGUGAUUGGUUUAGAGUGCUGCUUGUGCCUUUCUCAUGGAUUACUCUAUUAUUUUUAACCAUUCACAGACAAAGAGGCUCCUGUUCAAAUAUUGUGAUUUGGCCAACCUUUUUUUUUUUUUUACUGUGUAUAUCAUGCAAAACUUUGAUUAGUCAAACAAGUACAAACACUGGAAAGCCACGGUGUGCUCCUAAGAAGUGGAAGGCUUAGAUUAAGUGUGAUAAUGGGUGAAUCCUACGAUCUGCCUGAAUAAAUAUUUUCAAGAAAAAAAGGGUUUACCUGGAAAUAGUUUUUAUAAUAGUUAGUCACAACAUCUGGGAUGCAGUUAUUCAAUAAAGAGUAAGCAAAACCAAAAAAAAACAAAACAUUGUCACCUUUUCUGCUUGAUCAUAUUUGUAUAAUCUUUCACUUUUACAUCUUCCAGAAACAUUGACUUUUUAUUCCUUAUUUAUGCCUGUAGGUAGCCAUCUGGCCAAACAAAGGCGUCUCAAUUAGAGGGCCGUGACUGAGGGAUUUUUUUUUUUUUUCAUGUUUUAACCAAUUUUCUAAU